AUGGCAAAUUAUGGUGAUGAAACCUUCACAAUCGAAGAGCUUCCCAGAUACAACACCCGUCAGUCUUUCACUCCUGGACGUGAUGGCUCUCCGGAUUCUUCUGUAAGCAGAACAAGUAAAGAUGCACAUGUCACCAUCCACGAUUCUCCGAGCUCAGCAUCACAAAACAGCAUUCGCGAGAAACAAGAUGCUUUCCAAGUUUCUGCCCAAGAAGAACUUGUGCCUCCUCCAAAUCGCGGCGAAAGGUCCAAAACCUCGACCUCUGUUGCCAUUCGCAACACUUUUGGAAGAUGCUCCAAUUUUAUACAUGAAUGGACCCCCUUCAUGCUUGUCAGCUCUUAUUUCACCACAUCUAUAUUUGCAUAUAUGCUAUUUCCAACAAAACUUCUAGAAGUUUUCUGGUUCAUAUAUAAUUUUACCAAUUUCAUCAUUGCUGCUUCCACGGCUCUAGAGGCAUUUAUGGGCUUAGAACCAAAUCGACAGGCUCGUGUCGCAGUUACGAAGGCUGCUGAAAAGGGCUGGAAGUUCCCUACACCAGACGAUGAUCUACUAAUCUUGGACAUGGUCAUUGUUGCAUAUCUUCCUAAUGAACAAGACAUCAUAAUGGAUAGAAUUAGGUAUGCGUGUGAGAAUUUGCAGUAUCCGGUUGACAAAAUUCGCAUCAACAUUGUUUACAACACACCUGUUCCAAUCCUACCCCUCGAGGAUGAGAUGUGGGAAGCAGCCACCAAAUAUCCCCAGCUCCGAAUCAUUAAAGUUGAAGGCUCCACAUCGAAAGCCGACAAUCUCAACUACUACCUCAGCCUAGACACCGGCUCUGACAUCACUGCUAUUUAUGAUUGUGAUCAUUUUAUGCACCCACACAGCCCAAGAUGGGCAAUUGAACGUUUCAUAAAGGAGAAGGAGAAGGUUGAUAUUGUUCAGGGUCGUUGCAUUGUUUUCAAUAGCGCCGCUUCCUUCCUCACUAGUCUCAUCAGCAUAGAAUUUGACAAAAUUUAUGCCGUUUCACAUCCGGGAAGAGCCACCAUCUGGGGUUUUGGUCUAUUCACGGGGUCCAAUGGAUAUUGGAGAACAUCAUUACUACGAGAGAUGAAAAUGGAUGGAAGUAUGCUUACUGAAGAUAUUGAUUCUGCGCUUCGAGUCGUGGCUAGAGGAGGCAACACUAUUCACGAUUUGAAUGUUGUGUCAUAUGAGCUAGCACCCACAACAUUCCCAGCCUUCUGGAAACAACGUCUGAGGUGGGCUCAAGGAUGGUCUGAGUGCACGCUUCGGCAUUCGAUUUUGACGUUCAAUCGCGCAAGAGAAGGGAAAAGAAUCUUUACUACAAGAUUUGGACUUCUCAAUUUAUUGCUUAUCCGCGAGACAAGUUACUAUUUGGUCACACAAUUCUUCUGCCUGGUUGCUGGUUUUAUUUUCCUCAAUUUCCCUUUGACCCCAGCAGCGUUCUGGAAAACAGUUUUCUUUCAAUAUCCAGUUUCCGAGUGGUUUUUCUUCGUCAGUAUCUUUUGUUUGCUAGGCACACUUUGGGUCACUAACCAAGUUAAAUCCGAGUUUGCGUCAAGAAUGAUGAUCAUCAAGUUCUCAAUUGCUUAUCCAUUUUAUUUAUUAUUCUUGGCAACAAUUGGUAUAUAUGGACAUGCUCGUCACGUGGUCAAAUAUUCAUCUUGGAAUCCUACUGCAAGAACAUAG